CAAAAACAAGGAAAACAUGAAAAAUAGUCAGAAAUUAGGUGGCAUUAAAAAAUUAUAACAAAAUUAUAAGGAUGAAGACUUAGUGCAACAGGAGUAAAUCUGUCAAGAGCUGAAGGAUGAAAUUAUUUAAAUGUUAAGAAUGGACGAAGAUCAUGUAUCUGCCAAGGAUGCUAUAAUAGCACUGAAAUCAGAGAAUUUUAUUGAAAGUCACAGAGCAACAAUUGGGUUGAGAAGAACAUUAUCAGUAUAUAUGCAUUUCAAUAAUUUAAGAAGAAUUUUGAAUAGACAGAAUUGAUAGCUAAAGAAAAUGAGCUGAUUCCUAUUUUAUUUCAUGUGAUUUAAUACGGGAGUACAUACUUAAUAAAACUUGAAGCUGCAUGUUGUUUAUAUUAUAUAUUCUAAUUUUAGAGAUCAUUUCAAUUUUAGCCGGUGGUAGAAGUGAAAUAACAAGAAUUAUCAUGGAAAAUGGAAUUCUAUAAUUAUCUUUGAGUGUACUGGAUGGUAAUUAGAGUGAGUUGAUUAUGCUAAUAAUAACAAUAUUGGGUAAAUUGGCUGGUGAAUCUGUGAGAUAUCGAGAUUCUAUAUUGCAAGUGUGCAGCAUGGAGAAAAUAAUAAGCAAAAUGGAUUCGCGAUACAAAUCGAUAUACAUUUGGUGUUUGGCUAAUUUGUGUAUAGGUAGACCAAGUCCCAGAUUUGAUAAGGUAUAGGCUGCAUUUGAAAUAUUUGCAAAAGUAAUUAUGGAGGAGUUCAAUCAAUAAAAUUUAAAAAUGAUCAACGACGCCAUAUGGGCCUUGGGAUACAUGAUUGAUGGAGAACCCAACAGGAUUGCUGCUUUAAUAAACAGCGGAGUUGUGCCUUAAUUGAUUAAUCUAUUACCGAUGGGCAAUUUUGUAUCAAUUCUUCGAAUUUUUGAGUGCAUAUUUUAUGGGACUGAAGACUAAAUAAAAUACUUAUUAGAAUGUGGGUUUAUUGCUCACAUCAGAAUGAUUGUCGAUCCAAAAAGCAGAGAGAACAGUGGAGACAUGAUAUAGACUUUUGCAGCCACGGAAACGUUGUUUAAGGUUUUAUCCAAUCAAAACUUUCUGGUCUCUCUUUUUAGAUCAUUAAGUGAUGAUAAUUCAAAUCUAAGAGGAGAUUCAUUAGAAGUGAUUGGAAAUGCAAUUCAACAUGGGACUAAUGAGGAUGUCAAUCAACUCGUUAAAAGUGGACUUAUUCAAUAUCUACUCAGAAUGUUGGAAAUUGCAAAUGAAAAAGAGAUUGCUCCCAAUCAUCUCAAGAAAGGACUCGAAAUACUCAUCAAAAUAAUCAGAAAAGGGGAAAUCAAGGUUAAGGAUAAAAAGUUCAAUUAAUACUUUACCCUAUUUGAGAGAUUGGAUGGAAUCAGUAUAAUUCAAAAACUAUCAUCCUAUAAAUAGGAUGACGUUGCGAAAUAUGCUUUAAUAUUUAAAUAGGAAUUCGCCAUAUGA